GGUGUUUGCCGCUUCUGUCUCCCGCUGCUGCUGGGACUCGGUGCCUGGUGGCUGCCGGCGGCGCCUCUCGUCCCAUCAGCGUCCCGAACCGGACGGCGGUGGCGACGGUGGCGAUGUCCGGCGGGGGUAGCCGGCGGCGGGCCGGCCCCUCUUGGCAUAGCACCUUCUCCCGCUUCUUCACUAGGAGCCCACCCAGCGAGGAGGCGGCGGCGCCGGGGCGGCCGGCGGCCGCGAACAGUUCUGAAAACAAAGGGAGUGAAGCCAUAAAUUUAAAGAGCAACCAAAAGGAAAGCACAACUCUGCCUGCACUUUUGAAGGUUUAUCAAGAUGAAGAAAAGAACCAUUCCACAGAAGAACUUAGCAAGUGUGAAAUCCAGGAGGAGCUGAAAAAGGCUAAUAGCCUUCCUAGUUUGACUCCUAGAGUCAAAACAGCAGAUAAAGACAAGCAUCCUCGAGAAGGUUUUUUUCAUUUUCUUGGAAGCUUAUUUAAUAUUGCAACAAAAUCUUCUUUGGUAGAAUCUAAACCUUCCACCUUUCAAGAUGAACCCAACAGAUGCAAAAAGGAUUUACAGAAUACAAAUACCUUUUUGGAAGACGUGCAGCCAAAGCAUCUGAAAACUGAGGAGCUUCUCAGUUCUACACCUAGAAUAAAAGAGGAUUCUGUAAAUAAAGAUGACACCAUCUUAAAUAAUAUUGGGAAAGAUCUCUCACAGGAUCUGCAAAGAGGCAGGAAACGAUCUGCAGAUGCACAAAAGCAGCUGCAACGGAAGCCAGAAGCGCCUGCGGUUACUUAUGCAACAUAUCGAGGUUCUGCAAGGAUUAGGCAGCUACUGAAGAGUCAAUCGGAAAUGGAUGGGAAAGGGGAGGAAAGUACUGGUAAAAUAAAUGCUUCACUGGUCAAAGAAAAUGGAGAAAGGCAAACAACUGAGACUCCAAAAUCAGAACACUUUAUAAAAGAAAACGGAGAAGAUGAGGGUCAAGACCACGAAGAUAAUGCCAUAGUAAAUUCUUCUGCAGUUAAAAUGGGAAGGAAAAAAUAUGGUAAAGCUCGACAUUGCUUGGGUAGCAGUAAACAUGAAAUAACUGCAAAGGCCUCAACUUCAUCUACUGAACCACCUCCUGAGUUAGACUUAAUACAUACACCUGCUUUAGCUGCAACAAAAGUUAAAAGGACACAUUCGCUAGAUUCAUUAAUGUCACCUAGUAGUAGGAACGGUGAGAUCUUAACCAAUUCCACUUCCCAGAUUACCAAUUCUCUUAAAAUUAGUUCUGCAAAUGAUUUGUUUGGAAAAAAACAUGGUCUGCUGGGAGAAGCAGAAGCUCUGUUUCAGGCAGACAAAAAUUCCACUUCUCACUUUGAUAAAGAAAAUAAUUGUAGUAAAACAGCUAAUAAGGAGUCCAUAAAAGACACACGGGACAUUUGUUUACAUUCACUGAAAUCAAAAAAUAAGGCAGAUAAUGAAGAACUACAGGUGAGUAAGGAAGAGUUUUGCUGUAAUAAUCAAAUGGAUAAUAACUUGGAGCUGCCAUUGGAUGUCCAGAUGCUUCAUUCCAGUACCAAUAUAUUUCAACAGCAAGCAGGUCAGUAUACAAGUAGUGCAAAUAAAGAUAGCGAUCCCAGAAGAAGUGACACAGAGAAAACUGGGGCAACUGUAGAAGGAGAGCAAAAUUCACACAACUUUGUUCCUACUGUUCUUUUGCCUUUGAAUGAACAAAUGCCUGCUUUACUUAGCAUGGAGUUCAAAGAAGAAGAAUGCAUAGCCACAGGUAAUCUAACCACUUCAGUGUCAUCUAUUAAAAAUGGUACAGUCAUGGACAGAGGGCUUUGCAAGGAAGAAUUGAGUGAGUUAAGGAAACCAAUGCAUGUGCAAAAUGAUUACCAAUUAAUGCAUGUGGAGAAUUCUAAGGAUACUGCCCCACAGCAGACUGGUUUGCCUUGCCUAGAAACUGAGGGGUUAGAAACAAUGAAUAUUUUACCUCAGGUUGCAGUGGAAAACCGUGACAAUGUAUGGUCGUGCAGACAUGGGUGUGAAAGCGUGAAAUCUAACUUUGAUGAACUGAAAGCACCUCUUUCUCUAACUUAUGAGUCCUUUGAAACUGGAGGCUGUUGCUCAGGUUCUCUUCAUUCUAGUUGCAAGUUCAAAAAUAAAACUAUAGGAAAAGCAGAAAUCAGUUUGAAAGAUGAGAGAGACACACUUGCUCAUCCCAGUCUUGAAUAUAAGAAGAGGAAAUCCUUUGAGCCUGUAGAGAUGAGCCCCUUGGAAGACUCUACUCCUGUCCACAAGCAGAGACCUGUUUCCCUUGAAACAGUUCAAGAGAUUCCUGCCAAGGCGUUAAUUAUACUCACAGAAGAUAACACAGCAAAGCCUGCACCUUGCCCUUCAGUCACCAUUGACAAAACAGAUGAUUGUACUCCUGCUGCUUCAAAAAUUGACAAGAUUGGUAUGACUGAAGUUGCUCUUGUUCCUUCUGAGUGUAAAGAUUGCAUCUCUGAACUUUCCUCUCAUAUUUCUAAGUCACAAUUAAAAAAUCUGGAGGUUUCUCAUUCUGCUUUGAGAAAUGAAGGCAGGCCUUUGACCAACAAUUCUCCUUCCCUCUGUGAAAAAGACAUUGAUGUAGACAUUGUUUCUGAAUCUCCACCUGUUUCCGAAGACAGGAUUAUUUCUUUUUCUUCCAAGAAGGAAAAUGGUAAUAAGCCUUGGCUAUUGACCACAGUACUUGAUUCUUCAACUGACAGACAAGAAAUAACACCUUCUUCUGCCACUAACUCUGAAAAUGGCCAAAUUUCUGUAUGCUCCGUUACUUCUGAACAAGACAGCUUUAUUUUUCCAGCUGUUGAGUCUAUGAGAAGAAUCUCUGAGGACGGAAUGAACAAUGUGCUGCUUUGCUCAGAAGACCCAGGAGCUUUGUUCCUGGCUUCUUCUCUGGAACCUGGGCUCACUGAAGCUAGGCUCAGUGGCUCUGCUGCUGGAGUAGAUGUGGGCAGUGUUUGCAUCCCAAGGCCUGCUUCACUUACUCUGGGAUCCAGAGAAGCCUCCAGCCUUUCCAUUUCUGCCUUGGAAAUGUUGGGCAUUGCUCAGGGGAACAGUAACUCCUCUAGUGACAGAUGUAAUGAUGGGACAGAGGAGGCCUCCUCUAUUCAACAGUCUGACAGCAGUGUCUUGGCAGAGACAAUACCAUCACCCAUCUGUCCUUUGAAGUCUUUAGAAACAGCGUCCAAGUCAGCUUGUACUGACAAUGUGUGCAGAAGUGCUGUGAGACGGGUGAUUCAUGAUGACCAUCCUCCUACUCUCUCAGAAGAUUGUUCUGUGAUAGAUGAUCAAUCAGAAAAUGCUGAAUUCCAAUUUUCUGCUUUGUUUAAAAAAGCUGAGGAAAUAGUGGACUCAGUUUUACACUUGGCUAAAGAAGAAAUAAUAGCAAAACAAGCCAUUGGUGUCUGCCAGCUUUGUGGAAGCAAGGAUAGUUCAAUCAAUAGAGAUAUUCUAAAUGAUCAGGAAGCUGAAACUAUACAGCUGGAAGCAGAAGAAAUCCAGUCAGCUGUGCAGUCAUUAAAAUAUUUUAACCAGAGGAGUGGAGGAGACUCAUCUUCAUUUAUAGGAAAUGAAAUAGUGGAUACAAAUAGUAAAGAUGAAAAGUUAGUGUCUUAUAUCCCUGAUGAAGUUGACCUACAUAGUGCAUUAGUGCUAAAAGCAAAAGAAACAGUUGAUGAUGUCAUUAACUCAGCCAAACAAAAACUACUAUCCAGUCAAUGGCAAGGCAGUGAGAGUAAAAGGCCUUAUGAGAAGAUUGAGCCUAAACCUAAGACUAAAAAACCAAAGAUUUUAAACUUAGGUAUGAAUUUACCUGCCCAAACACAGGAGCCAACAGAGAAGACGGAAACUAUGAGUGUAACUGUAAACUCCGAAAAGAUAGAUUGCUCAAAUCUUUCUUUGCUUCCAAAUAAUUUGGAAAAUGGCAUAGAUUGGCCCCAAAGUGAUGCAAAGAUACCAAAUAAUGCGCUUAGAUGUCAAGCAAAUGGAUUCCUGCCCACUGGUAGUUUAGCAAGGCCAGAAUCAGAUCUUGCAAUACCAGCAAAAGAGAGAUACGAUAGAAAUGUGUGUGAACAUCUGGCUACAGCAGAAAUAUCUGACAAAGCUGCAAUAUCAGCAACAAGUAGAAAAUCUGAUGGAUCUUUACAUUUCAUACACAGAGAUGCUACUGUGACCAAAGAGAUGCUUUUGUCAUUUCAGCUAGAAGACUCAGGCAAUAACACAGAUAUACCAGAGUGGACAUUGCCGCCAAGUGUAAGUGUUGAUUUGUCAUCUUUUAUGCCCAAUGAAGAAGGCGUCGCCAUGCAGAGGGAAUCCAAUGACAAAAGCAGUCCUCGAGGACCUCUGGAAAGCAGUGUAGAGGACAGUCCAAAUGAUCACUGUGGAGGGGACGCUGCAGCAGUAGCUGUAGAAGUAAAAGCAACCCUAGCCAAUUCAAAAGCAGCGGAGAGUAAAGAGGAACUAUCAGAAGGGGCAAGUGAGAUAGCAGAAGUUAGUAUUGGAUUAAAUACACAGUUCAUUGUGCCUGAAUUGUCCAUUAUUGCAGAGGACAGUGAAAGGAAAAAUUGCUUCAAUGCAGUCUUUGCCCCAAAUAUUGAGAAUCUGAGACAAGUAGAUAUGAAAGAUCAAGACACGAAAAGAAAUGAUCAAGUUGAAAAUAGUCUAGACUGCUGCAGUGUUGACAUGACGAAAUCAACAGAUCUUUUGGCUUUAUCUCCACUAAUUGAACAGUGGGAGAACAAUUCUUUCACUAUCAUUUAUGAAGGUGCCCUUCAAACUGAGAACAAAUCUGUCUCGACUGAUGAUAUGCAAACUGGUUUGCCAUCACCUUCUUAUUUGCCUUCAGAUACUAUAGAUCAUAUGAUAUGUGAAAGAGCAAUGAAUAAAAAUGAGCCAGCCUGUCUUUCUGGGAAGGGUGACAAGUUGAAUGAAGCAACAGAUAACCGCAGCUCGGAGUCAUUUCUGAGCGUGGAGGCCAAGCGCUAUAGAGUAUAUCCUUUCUCUUUAUCUCCAAUAUAUGAAGAUGACAGCUCUCAAGAGGACUUACUUUCCACAGACAUGUCACCGGAACGCCAUCCUAGUGGAAUGUCUAAAGACAACACUGACCAUGCUUCUGUGCUUUCCCUUCUCCAGUCAGUUUCAGAGCGCUUACAGUUUACUACUCAGUUCACUAAAGAGGAGGAAGAGGAGGAGGGAGUGGCGGAAGAGGAGGAGGAAGAAAAUUUGCUUGAUGUUGAGAGAGAAGAUUAUCUUUCCUGUCAGUGGCGAGAGAAUUUAAAAGCAACCCUUCAGUCGAAUGACCAAGAUAGAUCUUUGUUUCCUGAACAAUCACUUUUUCUUUUGAAAGGACAGCUUGACUCAAAGGAGCGACCAGAACUCUUUCCAGAUGCAGCUUCUUCCAGUGAAACACCUUGUAAUCUGGUUUCACAGAAAGCUGAUGCUGCUUUAAAGCAUCCUCCUCCAAGUGUGUACUACCAGUAUUUGAAAUCUGCCAGCAAUUGUCCCUCUGAGAAGGGGACCAGGUUUGGAAGUAUUCUCCAGGAUAUGUUGCAGCCAAAGAUUCAUUGGUUUCAAGACAACACCAUGCCAAAACUGGGAGAAUUGUCAGCGAACCUCAUUGACAGGGCAAGUCUCAAAUGCAAUCCGAGACCGGGCAAGAUUAUUAUUUAUGAUUUUUAUGGUGACAAAAGUAAACAAGAAAUUCAUUCUGAUGUGCUAGAUGCCACGUCCUGGAUCUUUCCCAUUGGAGCGUUACUUAGGAUAAUUAGAGGAUGUUGGAUUUUUUAUGAGAAAUCAAAGUUCCAGGGUCGGAAAUAUGUACUAGAAGAAGGAGAGGCUGUGUUGGAUCACCUUUGGGAUCUCCCGGGCAUGAAACAUCAUCGAAGAAACCUCACAGUUGGUUCAAUCAGACAUGUAACAAAGGACUGUGGUGUUCCAGAGGUGGAGUUCUGCCUGGCAGAUGGUGGUACAGAGGGGCUUCCUGUCUGCAUACAGAGUGCAGUUGCCAAUUUAGAAGAACUAGAUGUUGAGAAACACCCUUAUAUAAGAGUCAAAUCGGGAGUAUGGCUUGCUUAUUCAGACUUUAAUUACAAAGGAGAGAUGAAGGUUUUGGAAGAAUGUGAUUCAUCAUCUGAAAUUCCUUCAGCAGAUGUAAAAUCUCUGCGUCCCUUGAAAAUGGGUGGACUAAAGGUACAAAUGCCAAUGAAUGUUAAGAUAGUAAUAUAUGAGAAAGCCCACUUUGAAGGAUGGUUCAAAGAGUUUUCAGAUAACAUCAGUUCUGUCCCAGCUCUGUUUGGUACUGAAGAAGAGUUUCAGGAAAUUGGAUCAAUACGUGUAAUUGGUGGAGUAUGGGUUGCUUAUGAUAAGGAACGGUUCAAAGGUCAUCAGUACUUGCUGGAGGAGGGAGAUUAUGAAGACAGACACACAUGGGGGGGGUCUGACAGUGUCCUCCUGUCUUUCCGGUUCCUUCAGGCUGAUUUCAUAGAGUCGUCAGUGGCACUUUUUCAGUCUGAUGAUGAAGAUGGGAAACCACUAGACAUCGUCAAUGAAGAGGUCCCUGAUUUGGAGCAGGCUGGAUUCAGCCCAGAGACGAGGUCUAUUCUUGUCAGAAGUGGAGUGUGGGUCGCGUAUCAGCAGAAAUAUUUCUGUGGAGAGCAAUAUGUAUUGGAGAAAGGAAAAUAUAAAUGUUUCUUUGACUGGGGAGGAUCUAGUAACAUCAUCAGGUCAAUUCGACCUAUUAAGUUGGAACCUCUUGGAACAAAUGAGCCCCCACAUUUGCUCAAAGCUUUCAGUAAUACACAUUUCCAAGGAGCAUGUAUAGAUUUCACAGCAGAAGUUUCUGAUUUUACAUCAUUCAUACCAUGUUCUUUUAAGGUUCUUCGGGGAUGUUGGCUCCUUUAUUACCAAGGGGAAAUCACUGACAAUCACUGUGUGCUGGAAGAAGGCCUCUACUUUGACCUCAGUUCCUGUGGCUGCCCGAGUGCUACAAUCAAAUCCCUCAAGCCUAUUCAAUAUGUUUUUGCAGAGCCGUCCAUCAGUCUGUUUGCUCUGGAAUGCUGCAAGGGCAGGGAGCUGCACUUCAGUGAACCCGUCAAUUCGGUUUUGAACGAGGACCUUCAUUUUUACACUCAGUCUGUAUGGGUGAGAAGUGGAUUGUGGAUUGCAUAUGAGGGAUGUAAUUUUUUAGGAAAGCAGAUUCUGCUGGAGCCCAGCGAGAUUUCAAACUGGAAUGAACACAGUGGCUGGAAAGUAAUUGGUUCCCUUCGUCCUGUGAAGCAGCCAGCAGUGUACCUCAGAGUCAAGAACCAAGCCCAGGGUAAAUACCUGACGGUCUCUGGCAGCCUGGCAGACGUAAGGGCGACGUCAGUGUGCGCGUCCCCAUAUAAUGGCAAGGAUACCCAGGUCUGGCACUACUGGCAUGGACUCUUCAAAUCCAAGGCUAACAACGCCUGUCUGGAUGUCAUUGGCGGCAGAGACGUGCCUGGGGCCAAAGUCGCGCUCUGGGCAGAACAUGGGAAGGACAGGCAAAAGUGGAGACUCAAUGAGGAUGGAACCAUCAGUUCAUACCUCAGUGAUCAACUGGUGCUUGACAUCAAAGGAGGAAAUUAUUACGACAAGAAUCACGUCAUUAUGAAUCAGCCAAUAGAUGACAAACUAUCACAAAAAUGGGAGGUUGAAAUAUUGUGAGUAAAACUCACCCCGCAGCUCAACCUUCUGUGAGUUUAAUAACAUCUGCAAGGGGAAAAAAACCCACAACUACUGAAGUCACGCACCACUGGAACAGCACCUCUUCCCUACUUUCCUUCAUAAGCACCAACUCCUAAAACAACUGAAAUUUGCACAAAUCUGGAAGGUGGGAGGUUGACCUAAUGUCUUUCUGCAGUGAAGCUGAUUCUUCAAAAAACUGCUCCUUUGAAAGUCAAUCUUACUCUUCAUCUGGAGUAUUGGAAGUUUCGCAGCAUAUGAACUGCAAGACAUAACAUGGGAAAAGGUCUUCAGAAAUGGUGACACUCAAACUGGUGGAGGCGCCCCGAGGAAUGAUGAGCAUGAGAAAGUUCGAGUUGGACUUUUAAGUCCCAAGUGAAAUUGAAGCUCCAAUCUCCUCUCUUGCUAAAAUGCAAUUUGUUUUCUUUGUAAAGACAACUUUGAGCUGGAAUUAACAGCUCACCAUGUGAACUGAGGCAAUGCAGCCUUACUUUUGCUCCCCUGCUGUUACUGGUAGGCCUUUGUCUUCACCUGUCUUUACAGUACCAAAUUUCCAGAUUCAGGAAUUGGUUUUGCUGACCCCAGGGCCUGUUUCCAGCCCAUGAAACUGAGUUAUCACUGAACAUCACCUUUAACAAGCAGCCAUAUUUGCAUGUAUCAAAAAAAGAAUAAAGGGUCCUGGGUCAGGCUGGACUUCUGUAAGGGCUAGCUGCAUUUUUACAGCAGUAAUGAUUUUAACUCUAGCUGUAUUUUGUUUCAAUGUAUAUAGAUUAAUUUAAUACAAUGUAAUUUGGUCUCAAAACCAUCUCUUCCUUCAGAAAAUAAUUCACUCUAGUACCUGCUUUCAAAAGUGCUAGCAGCCUGCAUUUCAACACUUGCUUAAAAGACCGGCACAACUGCAUGGUAACAUUGCUGGGGCUCAUCACCACCACCUUCAUUGGGGCCCAAAGGAUAAAGGCUUGGAGUAAGGGCCCAGACCUUAGCCUGCCUCUGCUUCCCCCUAUUUCAGCACUACUGGCUACCGCUUGAGAGCCACGCACCUUAUGGGACUGCAGUUGUUGCAGGCUUGAAAAGCAAGUUCCUCACCUGGCCCCAGCGUGCAGCAGUGAACCCGUCACUCACAGGGCUGUGAACACCUGACAUGGAUGAGAUGUCCCUUUGAUCACUGGUAACUUCAUUUGAUUUCAGUGUUGCUAAAUUAAUUGGCUUCAUUGAAAAUGUUGUAUCUUUUUCCUUAUUUGUAUAGUCAGGGUCUGUAUUUCUGUUACUAUACAGAGAGCGUGUAGGUUACCUAGAGACAGAUACUUUAGUUUUCAAAAGCUGGAACUAUUCCAGUUGUGCAUUCAAACAGGAUUCAUCCCCAGACAAGUAAAACCACCUAACCCUGAGUUUGACACAGAAAUAAAAUAUAUGGAUGUCUAUUUUUGUAUGAAAUGGAGUUCUAUAAAGCACUAUUUAAAAAAAAAAUAAACAUCUACUUGCACUUACUAUUUUACAUUAAAAAAUGAUCAUAAAUCUGCUGUUUAAGUAACAGAUCUUCCAAUGUAUGUAUUUUUCCAACUAAAGCACUUGUUUAGCUUUUGUAUGUAAGUAAGUCAGCAGCUCCAGUGUCUUUCUUUCCAUAUGAAACUACACAGAAGCCUGUGUAAAAAAUUUCUACUCUUUUAAACCAAGAAUGACUAAAAAUCAUAUUUGGUGUGUCAGUGUUAGAUAAAGUUAAGCAGGCUUUUGUACUUCGGAGAUCUUGAAUGUAAAAUGCCAAGCAUGUAUAUUUUAAUUGUAUAAAACAUUUUUUUUUUAGGAGGAA